AUGGAUUCUGCGCCUAACGCAAAGCUGAACUGUGACCUGAGCACAGACAAAGAUUACAAUGGAACAUUUGUGGACUGCUCACGGAGGGGGCUGGUAUCCAUCGACCAAAGUCUGUUUCCGAUCAACACGACAACUCUGGUGUUGGACGACAACAACAUCACCAUUUUGGCCAACGAUUCGUUCUCCAACAUGACGAGCCUACGUAACCUGAGAAUCAGGUCCUCCAAUGUCCAGUCUAUCGAAGUAAGUCGUGUGUCUGUAGCGUGAUAUUUGUGGUGAACACUUUCUCUUGUUCGGUUGGGCCAACGCAUGCUACAGCAGGUAAGGAUUGUCACUCCAUGCAAUAAAAGCUGUCUCAAUUUCAUACACAUAUCAGUAGAUCUGUCUAUGGGGCCCAUAAAUUGCAUGAGUUCUUAGCUUAAACAUGACAUUCAUUUUUAAAGGAUUGACUCCGAAAAAAUACCGUAAAUACUCUUUUUUAUAAACGGUUUAAUUUCAUAAAAAUUCGAUAAAAGUGAAGUCCAUACGGUCCGAUAUUCCUAGUGUAAUUCCUGGUCUAAUUUUCUCAUACUAUUAUUCUCGUGUACGUUACAACAGAGGGAUUCCUUUUUUACAGAAAAAAAAGUUGUUGUUUUUUUAAACAUCACUCAGUUUAUGACGUUCGCUUAUAAGUUUGACAUUGUUAUACAAAUUUUAAACUUAAAUUUAUAAUCUAAAACCUCCUAUUUAUUUUGUGUGGCGACAAAAUAUAAAUUUAAUUCCUUAAUUUCAUUAGUAUAAGCGUAUGUUAGUCUUUGCAAUGUCAAUAACUGAUAUCAUAUUUGGAUUAAUUUACUAAUGUUAAUUUUUUUCUUUUUCAUUAAAACAAGCUUUCAAAUUUAGAUUUUUUUUUUUUUUAAUGUUUUAUUUUUUAAUACAGGAUAAACAAUACAUUUUAUUGAAAUUCUAAGAAAAUUGAGCUCACCCUUCAGGUUAACAGUCUGAGAGGUCUCACAAACUUGGACAGUCUUAACCUGGAAAACAACAAUCUUCCUAUCAAGAAAAAAUCUUUUCCCAAGACAAUGUUCAGGCAUGUUCCCAAUCUUCGUGAACUGUUCAUCGCUUCAAAUACUCAGAAAAUGAGUGACCACUGGUUCGACGGAGAUCGUUCCGAGAUGUUUCUGGAACUGCGAUUCCCUGAUGUCAUCGAUAUUUUUCAAGAUCUUCUCAAACUGAACAAACUGACCAUCGAUGCGCUACCGGUACUCCACCUAGGGCCGGAAUUCGGAAAUCUGACGCAUCUAACGAGCCUCGAGCUGUAUUGCAUAGCCGUGUUCGUGGCUUUGAACGACAGUUUCAUAGGUCUGUCCGGCUCUGCGGUCAAGGAACUCUCCUUGCUGAAAUCUUCCGACAUAUUCGCAGCAUCGCUGCCCGUGGCCAUCUUCCAGCACGUGACCGGGGUUGAGAGCCUCCAUUUCGACACCUACCAGGUCGGCGUCCACAACAUCCUCCGCGCGCUCUGGCCGUUCGCGAAUAGGACCAUGAGAGAGAUCGUGAUGAACUACGCGACCUUUUCCCGCUACGCCGAGUCUCCGACCAUCACAUUCGAAGACGGAAUCGUGCGAAGGCGUCUCGUGGCGCCUCUAAGGGACGUGUGCGUCAGGAAAGUCGUGCUGGCCAACAGCAAGUUACUCGCCAUUGAGCCUGGGAUUUUUUUAACGGGGGCAAUGAGACACUGUGUGAAGACCAUUGAUUUAUCUGCGAAUUACAUGUCGAUUUCUGCCUGGAGGGGCGUGCUGUUCGAGACACACCGCCUGACUGCCAUUGAAGAAUUCAUACUUACGGGGAUACCAGCUUUUUACAGAGAGACACACACGUCGUUGUUGAAGACUAAGGACAACGCUGAUCUUGCGACACGUUCUGUAGAGAAAGAUAACUUUAUGGAAGAGAAUGGAGAAAAAAAUGAUACCGCAGGUACAUAUUCAAGAAACAAAAAGAACACUGUAGACGCGUUGCUUGCCUCUAAAAUACAGAGGUUAUUUUGGAUUCGAUUUCCAAAGAAGCUGAAAUCGAUUCGCUUAGAAUACAUAACACAGGGUCCAUUUUUAGUAUUCGGUACUCUAUGGCUUGUGGUCGACGCAGAAAAUAUUGAGGAAAUCUACGUCACCAACAUGCCAAAUUUCAUCCGAUCCUGGUCAUGAGUCCUCGGGCUUGAAAGUUUGAGGCUUCUCGACGCCUCAGGCUCAAAGAUUGACGUCCAGGACUAUUUUUACGACGAUUUUCCGAAUUUGGAAGUUUUAGUCUUAAGUUCGGUUUUUCCUAGCAACUACUUUGAAACAACUGUGUCUUUGAAACGGAUUCUUCGAAAUUUAAAAAAGAUUUCAUAUCUUGAUAUCUCGAGAAAUGGCCUCAACUCUAUACCUCAGGGGACUUUCUCUUCGUCUCCUACACUCAGGCAUCUAUCCCUCGCAAAUAACCGUUUUUCUAUCAUCCCCUUUGACGUGUUGAGUUUACCCAAUUUGAAAACUCUCGAUCUAAGUGAUAACGCGAUACCGUUUCUCAAAGACAAUGAGAUGGAUGACAUUGAUCAGCAAGAGAGAUGGCUUGGAGGUUUCACGCUGAAAUUAAGUGGUAACGCCAUCUUAUGUGUGUGCUCAGAUAUUCGUUUCAUGGGUAAGCUAAAAAAGGAAACUAUACAUUUAAACAAAAUAAUAAAAUUCAAAUAACCUGCAUGUACAAAAAAAAAGGAAUUUUUUAAAAACAUUUAAAUAAAAAAAAAUUAAAUUAAAUUUCCUUUAUUUUGGAAGAGAAUUAGUGUAUCUAAAAUUAAAAAUUUUUUUAGGUGUUAUUUAAUUUUGUUUAUAAUAGUUUUAUUUGAAUUUCAGCGACAGCGGUAAAAAAGAAAAAGUGCACGUUUUUUUUUUCCUUCAAAGUAUUGCAAAUUCAGGAAAACUAAUUUAAAUUCAGUUAUACAAAUUAUUCAACUGGUAUAUUUAAUAGAGAUAUGGUAAAAAUAAGCAAAGAAGUAGAUCGAAUUUGACGCAUAAGUAGAUAGGCAUUUCAUUCGGAAGUGGACUGAAAAAAUGUUACGGGCCUGUAAGGUCACAUUACUUUAAUUGGCGUGUUGGGCGAGACACACGAGCGUAAUUAGACAACCCUUAAUACCAAGUUUAAAAAAAUAAUAAAUCCUUUCUGUACAUUUUUGUUUUUUUAUUUGUUUCAAUGAACAUUUAUGUGACUAUAGCAACUGAUUUUUCGUAUGGGAAUACAUUGUUAUCAUUUAGUGCAUGUACGACCUAAAAGAUUGAAAAUAUAGUUACUUCUAAAUAAGCCACAAAUACAAAGCACAUAGGAACAGCUACACAAUCAAUGUCAACACCAAAAAACAAACAAAAUGCAACAAUUUAACAAAUCAUUAAAAUUUAACAACUUUAAGAAAAUACGAAAAGGUAUACUUUUUCUUUGGGGGGGGGGUUGCGGAUGGGGUAGAAAAUUUGUUUGAAUGUGUGGUUUUCAGAAAUAAAAUAUAAGUGCCUAGUUUAAGUGCGAUAGGAUGACGGGAAGUGCCUCAAUUAAAGUUCCGAAAAUUUGUCCCACCACAAAGCAUCACGAACGAAAGCGAAGUGUGUACACGUUUGAUGGGGAUCCAACGAGUGUAAAAAUUUGUGUAUGAUCUUUGUGUUGAGUCGUCAGCUUGUAUGAAUUUUACAAUCAAAAAUUCUUUGAUCUUUGCUUUGCACGCCUGAUGUAAGCCAUAAUUCUGUUAUUUGCGUCUAUGCAGAGUAGCUAACCUGAUGUAGGUCAUGAUUCUGAUAUUAGCGGCUAUACAUAGGGGCUAACCUGAUAUAGGUCAUGAUUCUGAUAUUAGCGGCUAUACAUAGGGGCUAACCUGAUGUAGGCCAUGAUUCUGAUAUUAGCGUCUAUGCAGAGUGGCUAACCUGAUGUAGGCCAUGAUUCUGAUAUUAGCGUCUUUGCAGAGUGGCUAACCUGAUGUAAGCCAUGAUUCUGAUAUUAGCGUCUAUGCAGAGUGGCUAACCUGAUGUAGGCCAUGAUUCUGAUGUUAGCGUCUAUGCAGAGAUUCUGACUUAAUAUCAUUUCGUUAUCAGAAGCUAUGAGUAAUGUCAGAUGUGUUGUUGUUGUUGUUUGUACAGGUUGGCUCCGAAGCACUUUAGUAAAACUUGACAACGACGGCAACUAUAGAUGUACGUCGGAGGACGGCGUCAUAACGAGCACAGAGGCCUUCUCAGAUGCUGAGGCGAUGUGGAGGGUGUGUGUAGGGAGGUGAGUGAUAGCAUGUCGGUAAUGUCACCUCGGCAUCGAGAAUGCGUGGGAUCAACACUAGUGUAAAAAGGGUAUGAGCAAGUCAUAAAUAAUUAGGAAAAUUUAAUUAUUUUAAAAGUAUUUCAAUGAACAGUAUGAGCGACAUUUCUUAAUAACACACUAUUUUUGUCCGUUUAAAAAAAUGAGACAUUAGCAUAUUUUGAAAUUAUUUAACUUAAAGAGUUUAUUCUUUUUUCAUUACCAUUUAAUUCAGUGAAUGCUUAUUUCCACAAACUCUCGUAUUUGAGUCCAUCUUUUAAAUCGCGUUUUUUUCGUAUUCCUGUUCAAGCAAAGUCAAUGCGUUGGACAAAAUCAAUCAAAUAAGACCAGUUUAUAUUUUUAUUCACUGCCUGAUUCCAAUCCCAGCAAUAUGCUGCUCACUAGCCUGAUCAUGGCUGCGGUGAUGGCUAUUGGCUUUCUGUGCGUGUACCUGGUGGGCAGAUUUAAGUCGUCCAUCCUGGCAUACGUCCUUAACCUUGUGGCUCCGCAGUUUAGAACCAUGAAACGUGAAGAUUACAAGACUUGCGUCUUUGUUGGUUACGCAGACGAGGAUUACAGAUUUGUAGUACGCCACCUGACCCGGUGAGAAAUUUAAAAAAAAAAAAAAAAUAUUUAACGAUAAGGCUUUGUUUAACGUCUUUAUAUUUUAAUAAAGAUGACCUAGAAGUUUUUCUUAGUUUUUUUUUAUAAAUAGUUUAUAUGUUUAGUUUAUACUAUCGGAAUUUAAAAAAAAAUAAAAACAUUACGGAACUUUGAUACUUUCUUAAUACGGUUAAUAAUUGUUACUAUAUUUUACAAAUCUACUUUCAUACUUUUACCUUUUAAAUCUUUGGGCAAAUCUUGUCUACAAAAAAAGCCGUUUCUCUCGAGCGCUUAAUUUAGUUUCCAUUUUUUUCCAUGUGUAUCUCAUACUUUGUGUGUCUGCCUCUAGCUCGCGUCUCCAUGUAUUCCUAGUUCUUCCCCUCUUUCUUUUUCCCUGUGAAUUACAUGCUAGGAAUUUUCUGAUGAUGUUAUCUGGGGGUUUACGGAGAGUGUCCUCAAUACAUCUCAGUCAUUUCCAUUAUGAUAUCUCAAGCAAUAUGCUAUUGGUUUGUCAUUUCCAGUAAGUCUUUGUUUGUGAUGGUGUUUGGCAAUUUGAUGUUCUGGAGCUUUUUAAAGCAAGAGUUUAUGAAGCUUUGUACGUUCUGCGUAAUGCUUGCUAGUGUUCUCCAAUUUUUUGUUGCAAAGUAAAGAUAUAAAUAGUUAGUAAAAGUAUACCGAGGACGUAUAAAACACGUUAUUGUAGAAAUACAUUCAAAAAUUAAGUUCAACAGACAAUAGGUGAAAUAAAAUAUACCUGAUAGUCUUAUUAAAAAGUAAUAUUUUUAAAGACAUGUAAUUGUUUCAUAUCUUCCAAACGGGAAAUCUGUACUUUUUUAAAUAGGUUUAAAAAAAAAAAACAUAUUUCAAAUGGUUGUAAUUGUCGUAGGGCAUUUGUUUAGCACCCCAAAGCAUCCAAACAAUAUAUAAAUUUCAAAUAUAUUUCAUAUAUAUAUAUUUAAAAAGUUUUCUAGAAGAGGAGCUUCACGUGUCCACGUUUGUUCAUCAGCGUGACCUGGGCACUGGCUACACCGACCAGUUGUUUUACGAGGCCAUACAAGACAGUUGGCGAGUGCUACUGGUUAUAACGGCCACGUUCUUAAAACGAUACAGCAUGGCUAGCAUUAUCAUGAAGGUGAGAAUGAAUGGGUUUUACCUUGAGGUUGUCCGGAUGGCUUCGGGGCUGGGGUGGGCAUAGUCAUACAUUUAUUUCUAUCGAGUUCCUUCUGCAGUAAAUUAAAGCAUCAAGUUAUAUCUACAGCAAUCUGCUGCUACAAAGUGUUUCUUAAAAGCUUCCUAUGGAAUUUAGUAGAGUUUUUUUUUUUUUUACAUAUUACUGAAAAAAUGGGACUGAUGAAUUUUUAAAAAAAAACCUGAAUCGGGAAUUUUAUUUCGUAAAAUCAGCCUCAUUAUAUUUCCCUCACAUUCCCCUUGAAAAACAAUGGGAUUGGUUUGGGGGGGGGCGUUUAAAAUUUGAUCGAAUAUGUUGUCAUUGGUAACGAGUCAAUGUGCCAAGUUUCAGCUCGAUAGGUUGACUGGGAAAUAGGUCAAUUAAGCGUCCGAAAAUUUCGCCACCCAGCCACCCAAACAGCCACGAACAAAAGCAAAGUUAAUAUAAAGGAUUUUUUAGAAAAAGGGUUGGGCAUGGCGUUGAAAUGUCUAACCGCUUUCGAUCUAAAUGUAGUGUUCCACAAUGUCUUUACAUUUACUACGAUCAUCAAUUCAGCCGACACUGUUCCAGUAGUUUUCUGGAAUAUAUUAUAUUUACGAGAAUUCCCCAUAUUGCAGUACGCCAGCCACUCUGUGAGUCCGGUCAACCAGAGACGUGUGUUCGCGCUCGUUCAAGAAACACAGACCAGCAGCAUUCCGCACUACCUGCAUGACGUUCUUGACGACAGCAGGCUUGUCGUCUUGCAGGACCUUGACUCGCCCUUGAACUAUGAGCAGGGUCAGAGUAUCAAGAGAUGUGUUUUUGAUUCUGUCUUAUAAUUUCCUAUUGUAUGUUGUGUGGCUUUCUUUUUUUUUUUUUUAAACGGCAAACAAUAGGGUUUUAUAGAUAGCCAUUUUUUUUUUAAGCACAAGGGGGGCAACUCCCGUUUUCGUUAAACUCACAUAAGGGAUGUGUUUUUGAUUCUUUCUUAUAAUUUCCUAUUGUAUGUUGUGUGGCUUUCUUUUUUUUUUUUUUAAACGGCAAACAAUAGCGUUUUAUAGAUAGCCAUUUUUUUUUUAAGCACAAGGGGGGCAACUCCCGUUUUCGUUAAACUCACAGACGCCGCGCAGCAGUUUAGAGUAUCCGCGCAGCAAAUUUCCAUGUAAUUUUAUGUUUGUGUUUGUUGGCUGUAAAAUUUUGCUCACAAAAAAAUUUAUGUUUUAAAACUUUGCACACGAACCAGCAGAGGGGAACACUGGCUGGAACAACGUAAGUUUCAAUUUUUUUUUUUUAAUUUAAAAUUACGAAAUACCCUAAAGCAACCAGCUUUUUUUUUCGUGAAUGUAUUUGUUUUUUUUUUGCUUUAACUUGUUUUUAAAAAAAAAAUGACGUUUAAAUUUUCUUAAGUCCAAGAAAUGUAGCAAUGAAAAAAAUACUUUAAAAAAUUCACACUUUUUAUUUUAUAUUUUAGGGCCUUUAUAUUAUGCUUACAUUGGCUUAUGUUUUAACUCUACCUCGUCGGGUUGAGGAGAGAAAGUAAUAAAUAAAUAGUUUAUAUUUUUUAUGUUUUUUUUGUUUUUUGUUUUGUUAAUUUGCCGUUCUUUAAUUAUUUAUCGUAAAGACGAUUAACGAAUAACUGCUUACAGGCUGUGUUAAGGAAAUAGAUCAGUGGUUCUCAACCUUCCAUAAACCGCGACCCUCAGGUUGUGGCGCCUCCCCCCCCCCCGACCACAACAUUAUUUUGGUGGCCACCUCAUAAAUGUUAGUUAUAUGUGUUCUACGCUGGUCUUAGAUGAACCCUGAAAAAGGGUCAUUCGACGCCCAAAUUGGUCGCGACCCACAGGUUAAGAACCGCUGAAAUAGAUGAUCAAAGUAUAUGGAAGCUUGAAAUAGAAAGAAAGAAACAAUAAAAGAAGAAGAAUUUUUCAGCCGAGAGUCUUACUCAAAAGACAGGACAAAUGAAGAAAUAACAACAGAUAGAAUCCACUUUAAAAAAAAAAAAAAAGGUUCACGAUUUUUAUGAUUUAAUAGUGAAACAAGUUAUGUUAAAGCUGAAAUCAAAAGACAAGACAAUAAAAUGUGAAUGUUUAGGUGUAGAGCCUUCUUCGGAGAAAAAGACAAAUAGAAAGUUAGACAAGAAACAGAGUACAGUAAGACCAAAACUGUACAGAUGUCCUUUUUUUUGUUGCCAUAUUCAUGCUAUUGUCAUUUUUUUUUUUUUUUUUUNUGGUGUUGGUUUUUUUUUUUUUUUUUUUUUUUUUUUUCAAAAGAGAGGUAAAGACAUAAAGUUAUCAUACUCUAUAACCUUUUUGAAAACAAAACAAUGAUGGUAUUCUCUUUACAAUAAAUUCAAUGCGUGUCUUUACACACAGUCACUGUUGCGUUCAUUCUGUUUUUAAUUAUUUUUUUUAAAAACAUUUUAUUAUUAUUAUUUUUUUUUUUUUCAUUUCAAUUUUCAAAUUCUUAAUCUCUUUUUUAUUGACGGUGGUGGAAAAAAAGGGGGGGGGGGUGGUUGGUUUUGUGACUGGGAGAGUAAAGGAGAAAGAAGGCGUAGAACGACGAGGAAGUAAAAAAAAAAGUGUAUGGUGAUUAAUGAAGGACAUUUAAACACGGCUUUUGGAGUGACUAGCUGUCAAAAGCGUUUCUCAACAUUUGAAAAUCGUACAACUUUGAAAUUGUGUGUAUGUGUGUGUGUGUGUAAAAAAUCAUUGUACUCAUUUCUUCGUUUGUGUUGGAGCUAAUGUGUUGUCAGUAAAGGUCGUCCGCAGAGACGGGGUGGAGAUGGCGUUCAUUCUAAGGCGGGAAAAAAUGCGGACAAGCAGUUGUAAGGCAAAAGGUGUUUAUGGACUUCACCAACUUAGAUUGAUUUUUUAAUUGUUAUAUAAAAAACCCUGCUUUUGGCCAGCUGCGUGUAUUCCACUAUGGCUGAUCUAUGUUUAAAAUGUCAAAGACAUUAUAACGAUAAACCACCAAGAUUUUUGUAGGGAUAUAUUUAAAUACAAGAUUUGCUAGUUUUUUAUCACGCAGAAAUAUUGCCAUGGUUGAAACAAAAUAGCUUCAAAAUAUUGUUAUGAAUUAUGUCCCUGAUGAAUUUUUUUACAUUUUGUUUUCAAUCUUUUUGUUGGUAAAAAUUUUAUAAGGAUAUUUGGUAGCAAUUUUUUAACAAAUAUUUUUUAAAAAAAUUAUCUGGUUGAAAUUAUUCGUUUUAUUUAUAUAAAGUAGGCAUCCAUAUAUAUUUAAAAAGCUAAAACGUAAAAUAUUAGAUCCCCUUUUCAUCUUUCAUUUUACUUUGGGAACCCUCCCCCCACCCGUUGUUGCAUGAUUCGAUUUUUUGGGGAGCCCGCCUCCAAAUUAGAGUAAAUUGAAUGAGCUCCUAGCCCUCACCCAGCACCACCAAAUAAUUAUUAGUCAUAGUUAAACGUCAAUUUCACGUAAAAUUAAAAAAGUGAUAUGUUUCAGUUUUCCUUAACGUGAACCUUCCCCAGACGGGUAUAAUUUGUAGAUUGUGGGACAUAUAAAGAGUAUGUCCGGUUGUGGGGCUGUGGGGCUGUGGGGUUUAGGGUGUGUGGGAUUGUGGGGCUGUGGUGUUUAGAGUUUGUGGGAUUGUGGGGCUGUGGGGUUUAGGGUUUGUGGGAUUGUGGGGCUUAGGGUUUGUGGGAUUGUGUGGCUGUUGGGUUUAGGGUUUGUGGGGCUGUGGGGUGUAGGGUUUGUGGGACUGUGGGGUUUAGGGUAUGUCGGAUUGUGGGGCUGUGGGGUUUAGGGUGUGUGGGAUUGCAGGGCUGUUGGGUUUAGGGUUUGUAGGAUUGUGGGGCUGUUGGGUUUAGGGUUUAGGGGAUUGUGUGGCCGUGGGGCUUAGGGUAUGUCGGAUUAUGGGGCUGUAGGGUUUAGGGUGUGUGGGAUUGUGUGGCCGUGGGGCUUUGGGUGUGUGGGAUUGUGGCGAAGGUUAAAGGGAGGCGGUACACCCUGGGCAGAUCUUUUUAUUGAGGAAGCGGCAUUUUUAGAAAACUUGCAGAGUUUUUAUUGGUAGCGGGCGUCGGAAAUAGUUAACCGUCAGGGAGGGACCGGUGGGGGGGGGGGUUGUCAUCACACGCCAAUAUGCGCCAAACCUCUGGGAUGUAAGACACGUAUUUGUUUUGAAAUUUCGUUGGGGGGGGGGGAAGGGCUGAGGGGGCAGGUCUGAAAUGUUAAAAACAUUUUUUUUUCCAUUUAUUGCUAUAAAAAACGUAUCUCCCUUUUUAAUUAUUAUUUGUUUAGUUUCACACUACAAUUGUGAAUCUUAAGGCCUACAUUUUUGUAAAAUUUCAAAUCAAAUUGGAUUUAAAGGAUCAUAAAGCGUCUCCCUAACCCUAUAUUUUUGUUUUUUUGUUUUUGUUUUUUGGUGGGGGGGAGUGGGGGUAGUUUAUAAACCUUUUAUGUGAUUAAGGGAUACACUAGGUUGUUUAGUUUUUUUUUAAGGUUCGGAAUCAAUGCCGUUAGCGUGUUAAUAUCUGUGUGAUUGAUUUUUGUCACCAAUCCAGCUGUUUGGUUAGGCUGAAUGAAACAAUCACGUCACCACUUACGUCACACAAAACAACAGCGUGAGGAUGACUGCAAAAUAUGUCUUUAAAAAAAAGAUAGACUUGUGGAUUUCCCAGGAUUUUAAGAUGGCACUGGGCAUUAUUAGAAGAAAAGUUAGUGAGUGUCAGAAUUUCAGGAUGAUUUAAAAAUGUACCUACGUUCUGCAGUGCCACCGCCUCGGCCCUACAAAAUUAGCAACAUCUUCCUACUCCCCCCCCCUUCCACCGCUACAGUACUUAAGUGAUCAAUGAAUGGAACUGUAUCAUACUGGUUUAGAAGUUUAAAUCCAUUUAUUUUUUUGCGCUUUAUAAUCGAGCAUAAAUAUUUUACUUCCUGGCAUUUUGCAACGUAAGAUAUCCAUACGCGCCUGUUGACGUCCUCAGCCUUGGUGUGGGGUGGGAGGUGCGGGGUAAGCCACAUGAUGAUAUUCAAAUUUCUAUGUCUCAUUUCAGAAUUAGAGUUUUGUAAAAUUUAGAGUCAAAUAUCUCGAAAGGGUUUUUUUAAUGUCUAUUUUUGCGACAGACUCGCUAUCUCUUUACAGCUUUGCUUCGCUAUCUAUCUACAGCUAUUUCUUGCUAUCUAUCACCUUAUCUACGUCUUGCUCUAUCUAUUCUAUGUCUUUCUAUCUCUAAUUUUAUGUCUUGCUAUCUCUCCUUCUAUAUCUUGCUAUCUCUACAUCUAUAUCUUUCUAUCUCUACAUCUAUGUCUUGUUAUCUCUACAUCUAUGUCUUGUUAUCUCUACAUCUAUGUCUUGUUAUCUCUACAUCUAUGUCUUGUUAUCUCUACAUCUGUGUCUUGUUAUCUCUACAUCUGUGUCUUGUUAUCUCUACAUCUGUGUCUUGUUAUCUCUACAUAUAUGUCUUGUUAUCUCUACAUCUGUGUCUUGUUGUCGCUACAAUUAUGUCUUGUUAUCUCUACAUCUGUGUCUUGUUGUCGCUACAAUUAUGUCUUGUUAUCUCUACAUCUGUGUCUUGUUAUCUCUACAUCUGUGUCUUGUUAUCUUUACAUAUAUGUCUUGUUAUCUCUACAUCUGUGUCUUGUUUUCGCUACAAUUAUGUCUUGUUAUCUCUACAUCUAUGCCUUGUUUUCUCUCUACAUCUGUGUCUUGUUAUUCGUCUACAGCUGUGCCUUUCUAUCCUUCUACACCUAUGCCUUGCUAUCUCUCUACGGCUAUGCCAUGAUACCUUUCUACAGCUAUGUCUUGCUAUCGCGCUCAGCUAUACCUCUCUUUCUACUUUAUGCCCUGCUACCUCUCUGCAGCAAUGUAUUGAUAUAUUAUCAUAUCUACCGUUAUGUCGCAUGUAUUUUACGCUUUUUUUAAAAAUAGGAGUCGUAAGGGUCUUGUUUAUUUUUCAUACAGCAACGUAAGCUUCUGUCUGUUCACACGUAAACUUGUACAACUUAGGGUAUUUCAUAUUCUAUAUAUAUCCAUUUUAAACAAAACUUGUUGCAAUUAUUUGUUAAACAGAAACACACAACAAAGAAAACUGUUCGCUAAUCGCCGUUAUUCAUGUUUUACAAAAGUCACUGAAAAAUGUUCAGCCAAAUGAUCACUUUCAUUUGUACAAUAGAGACUCUGAUGUUUAGACUGUACACCAAUCACAGUCUGACAUUUUGGCAAAAUAAACACAUUCAUUUGUAAAACUAAGACACCAAUAUUUAGUUUUACAUAAAUCCCAGUCUGACAUUUUGGCAAAAUAAACACCGUCAUUUAUUUACAAUAAAGACAAUAAAAUACACGAUCAUAACAUUUCAAUUUGUUCAUAAAUUUUACUUCCCCCUUUUUGCAGAGGUGUCUGUGAAAUAAUUUUUAGCUUUGAAUUAAUUAUGUUUUAAAACUCUUUUAAGAAGGGAAUUUGAAUAGAGAUGGAAAAGGCCAAAGAGCGCAUUUUUUUUUUUUACAUUUAAAAAUGACUUGUCUGUUACAAAUAAUACUGAGGGGUAUGGGGUGGGAUGGCGGGUGGUGGGGGAGUGAGGGGAGAGGAGGGGAUUAACUUGGAUUAUCAUCAGCAGUUCCGACAUCACAACUCGGGUGCUGCUCAGACUUCUCCCGACAGCAGUUGGACUCGGUCACAACACAAAAGUGAGUAUUAAGUUCAGAUGAUUCAGUUGGUCUCAUUUUAAUAGUAAAUAGAUAUCUUUGAUUCCUUUUUAAUUUCUCAAAAGGAAUAUACACGUUUAAAAAACAUUAAUUUAACGGUUGCCUUUCAUUGUAUGGCAGUAAUGAUCUAUUUCAACACAGAUUUUAAUCUCAUUAAUAUGUAACAUUUCUUCCUUGUUCUUAGCAUGAUAUAAUUAGAAACUCCGUGCUAUAGAUAACUGUACUCCUUCUAUCUGAUUUGUCCCAUUUCAUGUCAUGUUAUCUAAUUAUGUUAACAUAAAACGAUCUUAAGGAAACUUGAAAACUUGCUUAACUUUGUGCUUAUCAAUAUUCAAACCAAAUAUUACAGGUGCGCUUAUUAGAGGAAUUUAAAAAAAUGGUUCAGAUCUGUACGUUGAUUUUAUUGAACUUCGUGUUAUUGGAAACUUGGCCUGACUUUGUACACUCAAACGAGCAUCCGAUUGGAUGGAGGUCGACCAGGUCGCAGAUGACCACCAUCGCUUUGGCGGACAGCGUAGGGGAAUAUGGCGGGUCAGUCUGUGACCUUCAUAUCGAUGAUGUCUACAAUGGAAGUUUGGUCGACUGCGCGAAAAGAGGUCUGACCUUCAUCAACCAAACCUGGUUCCCUUCCAACACAACGUCCCUCAUCCUGGACGGCAAUAACUUCAAGCUCUUAAUGAAUGACACCUUCUCAAACAUGACGAACUUAUGCUACCUGAGCAUACGGUCAUCGAAUAUACAUGCGAUACAGGUAAGCGAUUAGUCUUUUUUUAAUUUUUAAUAAUACAGUUAAGUCUAUAAAAAAAUUGGUUUGCAAUUUCUUUUAAGAUUAUCUGUUUGAAACAUUUGAGAUGCUGUUCAAACUGUAUAUUAAAUCAGCAGUCACAUUCUAUAAUUUUGAAAAUAAUUUUUUUUAAAAAUUAUGUGUUUUAUUAGUGGGUUUUUUUUUCGGUAAUAAAGUUGAACUGCCAAAUCAUAAAAAGGACACUUGCUUUUGUAAAGGGAUACAAAAAAACAUUAAAUAAUUACUAUUACGUAUCGUUAUCGUAAAGGCAUUCUUAACGUACGAUUAAUUUUUCUAUUUUUUAUAAUUUAUUUUAUAGGAUACCUUUUUUUUGUGGUCGUACAUAAAAUAGUUUUAGUUUUCAUCUUUUUCUUAAUCUUUAUGAAAUUUCCUUUAAAGGUGAACGCCCUAAGAGGAUUGGUAGGGUUAUAUAUCUUGGAUUUAGAAGACAACAUACUGCCCAUUUUGAACAAAGCCUUUCCUCCACUGCUAUUUAGUCAUGUUCCACAAUUAGAAGAGCUUUACAUUUCUGACAACACGAUCAUCGAUGGCACUACUUGGUUAAUUCCGAACAAGUCUGAAACCCGCUUUCCGAAAGUAAUCGAUAUAUUUGAUCACCUUCCGAUGGUGAAACGGUUAGCGAUAGACGCACUGCCGGAGCUUCACGUGGGGCCGGAAUUCUCAAAAUUUAAACAUUUGACCUGGCUCAAGGUCAACUGCAUUGCUGUGCUCACAGUUUUUAACGACAGUUUCAUUGGUCUGACAAACACGACACUCAAGGGCCUGGUGAUGACCAAAUCGUUCGAUGCCUACAAGCCAGUCUUACCCACGUCUGUGUUUCAGAGCGUCACCCAGAUCGAGACGCUUUACAUCGAUUCGUUCCAUGUCGGGAACCACAACGUCCUGGAAACACUUUGGCCGUUUGGUAACAGGACGAUGAAAGAAAUUAAUAUCAAUUAUGUUAGUUUUUCUCGUUAUUCAGAGUCGCCGAGGUUAACAUUCAAAGACGGGAUUCUCACAAGAAAACUUCUAACGCCAUUGUCCAAGGUCUGUGUCGCCAAGUUUGUUCUAUCUGGGAGUAAUAUCUUUGCCAUUGAAGCCGGGUCUUUUCUCCAAGGGCCCCUUAAAGAUUGCCUAAGAACUUUGGAUUUUUCAGCAAAUAUUUUAGGCAUCUCAGGGUGGAGAGGGCUGCUGUUCGAUGUUCAUCGACUGCGUGCGAUCGAAGAAUACACCCAGACGGGCCAAUUCUCGUGGUACAAGGAAAGUCAUACAGUGCCUUUAAGCUCAAGUAUCAAACACGGUGCUAAAAAUUAUAUGAAAGAUCAAAACGAAAUUGCUCUGUCUUUUAAAAAUCCUGAUGAUCUUUUUAAAAACUCGAAGCGUAUUACAUACACUGUAGGUGACUUAAUUGCAACUGGUGUUCAGAAAAUAUUUUGGAUUCGAUUUCCAAAAAGCAUCAAAACGAUUCGACUUGAUUUGGUAACACUUGGGCCAUACAUAGUUUCUGGUACCACUUGGCUUGUUUGUGAUGUAGAAAAUAUUCAGGAUUUAUACUUAACAAAUAUGCCACAUUUCAUUAAAACGAAUCAACGGGUGCUCGGCCUUGAGAGUUUAAAAUUCCUCGAUGCCUCGGGUUCAGGAUUCGACGUGGAGACAGAGUUCUUUAAUGAUUUUCCGAAUUUGGAAGUAUUAAUUUUGAGUUCCAUAUUUCCAAGCAACUACUUUGAGACCACUGUGUCUUUGAAACGGAUUCUUCGAGAUUUAACUAAGCUGACCUAUUUGGAUAUUUCCAGAAAUAAUCUGAACGCAAUACCGCCAGAAACUUUCUCCGCCUCACAUAAUCUUGAACAUUUGUCCCUUGCGAAGAACCGUUUUUCGACCAUCCCGUUUGAGGUUUCAAGUUUACCCAAGUUGAAAUUCCUCGACUUAAGUGAUAACGCGGUUUCGUUUUUGAAAGACAAUGAGAUGGAUGACAUGGAUCAACAAGAGAGGCUUCUUGGAGGCUUCACUCUCAAAUUAAAUGGGAACGCCAUCUUGUGUCUGUGCUCAGACAUUCAAUUCUUGGGUAAAUAUUCAUAGAAUAGGUACUUUAUUUAGUUGUUUUUUUUUUAUCAUUUUAAAAUAUAAUAACGAUUUUUUUAGUUCAAUCGAUUUGAAUGGUAAAAUCUUUUGUUUUAAGCUUUUAAUAAUGUAUUUCUUUUUUAAAUUAAAAAAAGUAGUUAUCGGUUAAGAAUGUGCUGAAAAAUCUUAAUUAGAUCCUGAAGAAAUUGGAGUAGAUCAUAUUUUUUUUUAUUCAUUUAUAAUUUACUUUUUUUAAAAUUACCAUUUAUUUAGUAUAUAUUCCUUUAUGAUUUUUUUUAGCGUAUUGACUUUAUGAAUAUUUGAUUUUUGCAUGCGAAGAUGACCAGCCUUCGUACACCUAGUUAUUCAGCUCAUUUAUUAUUAGACGAAUUUUAAAAUAAAUGAAUUAAAACUAAGUAUCUUAAAGCCCUUCCGUAAAAAGGAUUUGAAAGACGAAUAGACGUUCAGUAGAAGUAAAGACAAACAACGUGAAGACCGACAAGGAAAUACAUAUAAGAUUAUCGCAGUUCUUUAGGAAUUAAGGCAGAUGUUCAAAUACUUCGAAUUUCGUUUGGGUUUUUAUUUGUUUAUUCUGUAUAUGUUUGGUCUAACGAACGGUACAAUAAGCAGAUUGGGUUACUUCGAUGAAAUAUAACAGUGACUAAUGAAUUCAUACGUUCAUCUUCCAUUUACACAAAUGUCUGACGAAAUCAGGGUGGCUCCACAGUACUCGUGUGAGCCUCGACAAUGGCGGAAAUUACACGUGUACAUCAGAGGACGGCGUCAUCACGAGCACAGAUUCUUUCUCAGAUGUUAACGCCAUUUGGAGGAGGUGUGUAGGAAGGUAGGUGAAAUAUAACACCGUGUUAUUUCGAGGAGGUGUGUAGGAAGAAAGGUGAAAUAUAAAGCAACGUUAUUUUGAGGAGGCGUGUAGGAAGGUAGGUGAAAUAUAUCACAAGGUUAUUUGGAGGAGGUGUGUAGGACGGUAGGUGAAAUAUAACACCAUUUUAUUUGGAGGAGGUGUGUAGGAAGGUAGGUGAAAUAUAACACCAUUUUAUUUGGAGGAGGUGUGUAGGAAGGUAGGUGAAAAAUAUAACACCAUUUUAUUUGGAGGAGGUGUGUAUGACGGUAGGUGAAAUAUAACACCAUUUUAUUUGGAGGAGGUGUGUAGGACGGUAGGUGAAAUAUAACACCAUUUUAUUUGGAGGAGGUGUGUAGGAAGGUAGGUGAAAUAUAACACCAUUUUAUUUGGAGGAGGUGUGUAGGACGGUAGGUGAAAUAUAACACAGCGUUAUUUGGAGGAGGUGUGUAGGACGGUAGGUGAAAUAUAACACAGUGUUAUUUGGAGGAGGUGUGUAGGAUGUAGUUGAAAUAUAAAUAAUUUAUAUAACGCAUGAUCUAAAAUAAUUUAUAUUUUCUAACUUCAUUUCUUUUAUAUUGAAAUAACAUUCGUGCCAGGCUCGGUUUAAAGAAGAAAAAAAAGAAAGGUUUUAACACAUAUCAGUAAGAAAUUUAAAUCUUUAAGUUCACUUGAAUAUACAAGAUCUUCGUAAAAUUUUUCAUCAAAGCACUAUAAAUGACCUUUUUUUUAAAAAAAAAAUUUCAUUAAAUUAUUUCUAUUUUUUAACUAAUAAGUGUAAACUUUUCAGAAUUAUAUUUUGUAAACACUUUAAUAAAAUAACGCUAUGUUAAUGCGAACAAAAAAACUGUAUACAUUGAAAUAAAAAUUAUCUUUGUUCUUUAUACAUUUUUUUUUAUUUUAACGAUAAAUAUUUCCAGAAACGUGCUACUGAUCAGCUUGAUUUUGGCUGCUGUGAUGACGAUGGGUUUCCUGUGCGUGUACCUGCUGGGCAGAUUUAAGACUUCGAUCCUGGCAUAUGUCCUUCACCUUGUGGCUCCACAGUUUAGAACUAUGAAACGUGACGAUUACAAGUUUGGUGUCUUCGUGGGUUACGCAGACGAUGAUUAUAGAUUCGUCGUUCGUCACCUGACUCGGUGAGGCAGUCAUGAUAUUCCUUGUGCAAAAACACAUAUUAUAUUAGUAAUUAUUAAUUUUUAAUUACUCCUUACUCAUUAGAUACCGACUGCGGCUUACGUUGGGUGUCGGCUACGAUAAAUUGCUUGAUUAUCUUCAAAUUAUCUUGUUAUUUUUUUUUUAUAUUCUUUAAAAAAUAAAGUGCAAUAUUUUAUGCCUUUAUAAUAAGAUAAUAUUUUAAUUACAUAUGUCGAUACCUAUGUUGUAAGAAAUAGUCAAUACAAUUUUUAGCAGGAACUUUGCUGAAUUCAAGAUAUGUGCAAAUUAAGUGCAGUUAUUCAAACAACCGAUUAUAUGUAAUAGCUAAAUAUGCUUAAAUUUAAAGACAAGUGUUCUUAUUUUAAAAUUUACAUUUAUCAACAUUAAGGUCAUUGAAUUUACUCAUUAAAGAUAAUAUUUUUUUUUUUUUUUUUUUACCUUUUCAAUCAAAAAGUAAAAAAAUAUUUUUUUUUUUUUAUUUUUGUAUUUAAAAUGAUUUUGGUUUUAUUUUUUUUUUAUUUAUUAUUUUAAAAUUUACAUUUAUCAAAAUUAAGGUUAUUGAAUUUUUUCAUUAAAGAUAAUAUUUUUUUUUUUUUUUUUUACCUCUUCAAUCAGAAAGUAAAACAAUAUUUUGUUUUCUGUAUUCUUGUAAUUAAAAUGCUGUUGGAUUUAUUUUUGUUUUAGUAUCACAAUAAAAUAUAAGCUGCUUUUCGUUAUCUCCAUUUUAAAACCCACUGCCAAUGACUUCAUAUAAAUUUUACAAGUGUCAUGUUUUAGAUUCCUGGAAGACGAGCUCGGCGUCUCCACAUUUGUCCACCAGCGUGACCUGACGGCUGGGUUCACCGACCAGUUGUUCUACGAGGCAAUACAAGACAGCUGGCGAGUUCUUCUGCUGAUAACGGACAACUUCUUGAACCACUAUAAUGUGGCAAGCAUCGUCAUGAAGGUAACUGACCAAGUCGAAUUUUUAUCUGUGAGGCCUUUUAGCCAGCUUUGCAAUUUUAGAUUUUAUAAAUGGGUUAACUUGUAAGGAUAUGUUAAAUUAUAAUAAGUUUCAAAUAACAAGAGCAGCAGAGUUGCUUUGGAUAUAUAUAUAUAUAUAUAUAUAUAUAUAUAUAUAUAUAUAUAUAUAUAUAUAUAUAUAUAUAUAUAUAUAUAUAUAUAUAUAUAUAUAUAUAUAUAUAUAUAUAUAUAUAUAUAUAUAUAUAUUAGAUAGAUAGAUAGAUAGAUAGAUAGAUAGAUAGAUAGAUAGAUAGAUAGAUAGAUAGAUAGAUAGAUAGAUAGAUAGAUAGAUAGAUAGAUAGAUAGAUAGAUAGAUAGAUAGAUAGAUAGAUGAUAGAUCACUAUUUUAACAUUUUCGUCUGAGAUAAAUGGGGAUAGUGAAAAUGAAGCCGUGUUUUGUCUUCGUUAUUAUUUCUUAAUGUCUUCCAUACCAGUACGCCAGCCACUCUGUAGGUCCGGUCAACCAGAGACGUGUGUUCGUCCUGGUCGAAGAGUCGCAAAUAAACAACGUCCCCUCCUACCUGCACGACGUCCUGGACGACAGCAGAAUAGUCCCCAUCUACGACCUUGUCUCGCCCUUGAACUAUGAACAGCGUCAGAGUAUUAGAAGAUGUGUUUUUGACUCAGGCAUUUGA